AUGGACAUCUCUCGAGAAACUGCAUUGCAAGUAGCAUCGGCUGCCAACAUUGUCUCAGAGUUUGUAGCUCAUGAGCAAAUACACACUCUCUCGGAUCUACGUGAUGCUUUGUUCGAACCCCUUGUCGCUCGGAAACAAGGAUCUCUUCAGCCAGAUGCAAGUCGCACUGGCGUGGUAGUGCUGUGUCCUUCCGCAGUCCUUUCCACGUCAGAGAAAGUCUUUUCAAUGGUAAAAGAGCUAAUUGAGACGACUCAGUCUGGAUCACUCGUACUCGUUCUCUGCGGUGGCAUUGGCCACUCAACCCAGUUGAUGUAUGAUGCUAUAGCUCAUCAUCCCAAGUAUAGCCGCAUUGCUGAUCGGGUCCGCAUGCUACCGGAGGCUCGUAUGCUCGAGACUAUCGCAGAACAAUUCUGGAAAUUGAGGGUCAAUCGUGGCACCCAAGCUUCCAUCGAAACCGACAAAAGAGAGAGGCUCACGGUUUUGGUUGAAGACACAUCGACUAAUUGUGCACUCAAUGCCGUGAACGCGAGAAAGGUACUAGACGCCAACGGUUACACAUCACCGCUUUCCAUUGUGGUUGCCCAGGAUCCAACUAUGUGUCGGCGCACCAUUGCUGCAUUUGAGCAAGUCUAUGCUGAUAAAGCCGACGAGACUCCCACAGUCAGUAGCUGGCCAACAUUUGUACCAAAAGUGGCACCUGCGGAUUCUCCACCACUAGAAAAGGCUGGGAGCCUCACGUCAAUCCUGUCCUAUGAUUUCUCAGGUUUCGAGGAUAAUCGCAAGACUAACCUUUGGAGCAUGGACCGGCUCAUGUCUCUACUGGUAGGAGAAAUCCCUCGAAUGAGAGAUGAUGAAGAUGGGUAUGGGCCACGAGGCAAAGGGUCGAUUGUGCAUGUCGAUAUCCCACAACGAGUCGAAGACGCUUGGAAGUUACUUCACGAUUUGCUUGGUCAGAGCGUGCGAUAA